GAUCAUUAAGCACCACUAAAAAUUCAAGCCCGAAUACUAGACCAAGGACUCACUCACCCACACAUCAUUCAGAAUCUCAUAAGACUGUUUCAACAAAAGUGGUUCCUACUAAAGGUUUCUCCAGUACCUUGAGAUCCUCUACCAAAGCCCCUACUCAAAGCCCCAUCCAUACUUCAAGAUCUUCUAUCAAGCCAUCAAAAAAAUACUCAGGCCCAACUACAGCCCUGCCAGGUGGUGCCCAUCCUAUGAAAAGAGAAUCUGGUCAUAGUCACAUAUCAGCUGGAGUGGCCGUAGGUAUCGCCUUUGCCUGUGUUGUGGGUGUUUUGAUAAUAGUCGGGGCUGCAAUCUACUGGAAGAAGUUCUACCGUCGCUCCCGUCUAAGAGCAGCGUACUACAAUGACAUAUCCAUGAAUGACCCAUUGUAUGAAGACUUUGGACCGGAAGUGGCCUAACUCGACAACCACCUGAACUUCCUGUAUGAAAAAAGUUGAGUUUUGAGACUGUCUCGCCUCCUUUAGCCUCCUACGCAGACGUAGCAGGCUAGCCUCCAUUUAGCUUAGUUCCAUUGCGUUUGUAUAAAAUAUGCUUCAUUAAUUACAUAGAAUUAGUUUGAAAAAUGCGGGAUUUUUUAUUUAAAUUGGAAGCGUUCAUGGGCGAAUAGUCUUAUACUUCAUUCACACCAAGGCUUAAACAUGUUUCAAAGUGGUUUAACUAAGCAGGUUUGAAAAACUAUCUACGAACAUUGCACAAUCUUUGGUGAAAUAAUGUAUGUAAACUAUCCUUUGUCUUGCUCUGUUUCAUUAUAUUGUAGGUUUCUAGUUUCUCCAUUUUUUCCCUAAUGAAAACAGUUUAACUAAACACGUUUAGGUGUGAAUGGGGUAUUAGAUAACACUGCAACGCCAUGGCACUGAAAUAAAUUCCGCAUUCCACAUAAGAGCCAUACAUUUAGGGGGGUGUUGGGAGGGGAGCCUUUUGGAUUCAACCGCACCGCACACUCAAUAGAGGCUUUGCACCAUCAUGUGCUGGCGCCCAAAAUACAGCUUGGGAUGCCUGUAAUUUGAUGGCAGAACGAUAAAACUCCAUUACUCUCUGGACUUGAAUUUUUUCUCAUGUAAAAAGUUGUAUUGUUCCUGCCAUCUGACGUGGCUGCCGUCACGUGAUGGUGCAAAGCCUCUAUAAGCUAGUCAAUCAUAGUGUAGAGAAGGGGUGAGUGGUUCAACCGUGUAAAAGAGCGAAAUGGGGAGGGAAAGAGGUUGGCUACAGGCGUGGGUUAUGGAAGGAGUGGGAAGAUACAAGUUUAUCUCUGCUCUCUGUCCCAGAGAACAACAAAAUUUAUCCUUCUACCUUAUUUAAAUCACAUUGUUUAGCGAAAUAUUUAACAAUCGCUUUAAACGUGAACACAAGUGUUCUAUACGUACAAAUCUUUCAACAGAUUUAAAUAAAUUUAGCACUAAUUAAUAAUAAUGAUAAUGGACAGAAUUCACUUGUACAUAGUUAUUACUUCAAUCAAUCAUUGUAUAAUUGAUAUAUUAUUAGAAUAAUUAAAGCCAACAAAACAAUGCUACAAAA